GUCGCUGCCGAGAGCCGCCUUUCAUGAGCGCGCCUUCUCCGGUUGACCUCUGUCUUCAAUCAUCCUGCCUGUGCCGAUCUCUGCCCGACUGGCCCGGCUUGUCCUGAUCUCUUACCCGUAUCGGCUCUGCAUCGGCCCUGCAUCGGUCUGCCUUGAAGCCGCGGCAUCGACUCUGGCCUCCGGCCGUGCCCAACCAUGAACAACUGGCUCUCCAAUAUCGCGUCGCAGUCGCAGGAUGCUGGUUCCUGGAUCAAAAACACCAUCAUGACGGUGGAAUCCAACUUUGAUAAGGUUCUUGAGAUUCGGCCUGCGACCGUCGAUGAUCAAGGCAAGCCCAUUGCCAAUGCUACCGCCAAACCACGGCACACCGAUCCGUUGAAUCGUAUCGCUGCUUCAGGCCCAACGCUCCAGCCUCAAAUCGGAUCGCACGGCUCGACAGGCCCUCACGACACAGACGAUUUUUUCUCGACAAUGUUUGCAGACCUCGACUCCUCCAGCCCGAAGCUCGGGUCGCCUCAGCCACGAGCAGACAGUGCUGCUGCUGCUGCCGCUGUUGGUGCCGCCGCUGCUGCUUCUGGGCCGGCGAGUCCUGCCAUCGAUCGAGCCCGACUCGCCAACUCACCGCGACCCAGCCUCGAGUCUCGUCUGAAAAGCAUCACGGGCGGCUCGCGAUCGGCCCAGAAGGACCGGGUCGAAGAGACUGCACCAUGCAUCCAACAAGCGGAGCAUGCAAACUCGGAGGAGCUACCGAUCGUGCAAGCCAUAGAGCCAGCCAAACAGACAGAAGCUGAGCUCGCGAUUCACACCGAGAGUCAUGUCGAGAGCCCCAGUCCUUCAAAAGUACCCGAGUCGGUCUCGGACGGUUUCGUUCCGGUUGUUCCUGAGGGCGACCUCCCAGGCGGAUUUCCCAAGCCAGCGGAGCACUUCGCUGCUGAUCAAGCACCGGCGACCAGCAACGAUUUACCGCACGAGCCUCCGCCCGGCCAGAAUUCGCCGGUGCCGACGACGAUACACGAAAUUGAAGCUGAUCCGUCCGAUACACAGACUGGGACAGACAGGGAAGACAUGGCCCCGAUUGACGCAGUGGUCGGUGCCAGCAAAUAUGCCGCUCGCCAUCCAGGCGAUCCAACACCGUCGUUGUCUCUAUCGCCGUCGCCCGAGCCACAAGAUACCACGUCCACAGGCGAGACUGUGCUGGAAGAGGCCGAGGCACUGUCGCUGUCCAAGGACACCGACCUCUACUUUUCAUGUCCCUCCAUGCCGGUACAUCCCAACGAUGGCAAGCAUUCCACUUGGGCGAGCCAGCCUCCACGCCCUCCUGACGAAACGAAGCCAGAGAAUGUACACACGACAGCCGCGAGCACUCUGGAAACGACCAAGAUCUCCGAGCCGCCCGAGAAUUGUCUGGAUAUGGAUCAUCUUCACCAACUCCGCGAGUCACUUCGAGUCUGUGAAGAGAGGGCGGCUUUGGCGGAAGCCAGACUUGCCCAGGCCGAGAGGGAACGAGCCGAGACCAAAAAGUCGACCCAGAACAAAGGCGUCAGCCAGGAGACUGUCGAUGGGCUGAUCAAGCGCCUGCAGGAAAAAGAGGAAACUAUUCGAGGGCUCUUGCGGGAAGGUGAGACACUUUCCAAGAAAGAGCUCAAGAACAACAACAUUAUCAAGAAGCUUCGGGCCAAAGAAUCCGAGACAGAAAAGGAGCUCAAAGAGCUGAUCAAGUACAAGACAUCGACGUCGGUUGAGGUGGCUGAGAUGAAGGAGAAGCUCGUUCGGAUGGCCGAGUCCGAAAAGCGUCAGAUCGAUCAUAUUCGAAACAUCACCGAUCUGAACGAUAAGCAGCACGCGCAGAACAUCAAGCUCGAGAGUGACAUGGGUGUGCUGCGCGAGCUACAGGCGGACACCCAGAGCGCACUCGAUAGGUCUUGGAAAGAAAUCAGCGAACUCAGGCAGCAGAACGCAGAGGCAGUCGCAGCAGCCCAGACACAAGCACUCGAAGCUAUGGCCCACGAGAACACAGAGCUUGAGAAGCAACUUGCCGAACUCAAGAUCUCGUCCGACAUCACGGAUCAGAGUCUGCGCCGAGAAAUCUAUGAGCUUCGUCUGUCGCUGUCGGCAGUCGAGGAGGAAUCUGGACUCCGAGAAGACGCUCUCCGACACGAAGUUGCUUCACUGCAUGCCAAGUUACAAGCAGCCGAGGCCAAGAGCGAAGAUCUCACCUUUGUUUCGCAAGAAAUGCGAGAAAAGCCAUUGCUGCGCCAAAUCGAGAUUCUACAGGCACAAUUGGCAAAGUCAAACAGCGGGUGGCAGGAAGUAGAGGGCUCUCUGACUCUUCGGAUUCGUGAAUGCGAGGCCAAACUCAACGCAUCGUUGCAAGCGGAGACGGAGUGGUCGAACAAGUACGAGAAGCUGCUGGCGAGCAACAAGGCCAUCGAAUCCGCAGCCAAACACGAGCAAGCACAGCGAGAGGAGCUUGAAAAAGCGCUGCAGUCCGAGCGCCAAAGGCUUGAGCAAGCGGAGCAGACGAUCGGAGCCCUUCGCGAUGAAAAGGAUAAGCUCCGAGCCGAGCACCAGCGGGCAAUGCGCGAAGCUAGCGACGACUAUGACAGGAAGCUCGAUCGGUUGCUCAGUGAAGAGCGCCGGUUACAUGAGGACAGGCUCCUCCAAGAACGCAAGCGACAGCGGGACCGAUCAGACUUGAAACUCGAUCUGAACAUUGGGCUAACAGGAAGCCCCGUGCUCUCGCCCGCAGCGAGAUCGCCCCGACCGUCAGAAUACACAGCUGCAUCAAGCUAUUCAGUCAAGACGCCGCAGGGAGGCGAUGGGGCUUUCGGACUCGGUGAGAGCAUCACAUCGGGCACAAGCCCUGCAAUUACGAUCGACAAACUGGUGUCUGCCUUGCGCCAGAGUCAGUCGCAAGUCUCAGCACUGCAAGCCCAGCUCAAGAUAACGACGCAGACACGGGAUGAGUUGGCCGAGGAGCUUGUCAAAGUCACACACGAUCUUGAUAUCAUGAAGCGGGAUGUGCAGAAACUAGCCCGAUUGGAGACCGAGUACCGCAGCUUGACGGAACGAUAUGACUCGGCACUCGAGAUGCUGGGCGAGAAGACAGAGAAGGUCGAGGAGCUCGAGGCGGAUAUCGAGGAUAUGAAAGCGGCAUACCGCGAGCAGCUUCACGACCUGCUUAUCCAGCUCGAGGAGCAGAAGCGCCUGAGGCGGCUGUGAGCGAGACACAACGGAGGGCCAAGAGGGGGCGAGGCGGACGGCGAUGUCAACGGGGGCUGAUGGAGCAAUAGACAGCCUCAAUACCACAUGCGGCGGCGUAGCCCACACACA